AGGGCAGAGCCGGGGAUGCUGGAACGAAGGGCGUUGCUAUGGCAACGGGAGGCAGGGCAUGGAGGGGGGGACCGGGCCCAGGCUGGGACCGGGGGGGCCGGCGGUGGCUGUGGCGGGGCGAUGGCGGAGCGCGGCCCGGCCUUCUGCGGCCUCUACGACACGUCCUCGCUGCUUCAAUACUGCAACGAUGACAAUUUGUCGGGCACGAGCGGCAUGGAGGUGGACGACCGCGUGUCGGCGCUGGAGCAGCGGCUGCAACUUCAGGAAGACGAGCUCGCGGUCCUAAAGGCGGCGCUGGCUGACGCGUUGCGUCGCCUGCGGGCAUGCGAAGAGCAGGGUGCUGCGCUGCGCGCGCGGGGAACCCCCAAGGGCCGAGCGCUUCCACGCUUAGGCACCACAGCCUCGGUGUGUCAGCUCUUGAAAGGCCUUCCCACCAGGACGCCCCUCAAUGGCGCGGGACCCCCGCGGCGCGUGGGCGGCUAUGCCACCUCCCCAUCCUCCCCCAAGAAGGAGGCGACCUCCGGGCGCAGUGCCCGCCGCUAUUUGUCACCAGAGCGCCUCGCCUCGGUGCGCCACGAGGACCCCCGCAGCCGCACCACAUCUUCUAGCAGCAACUGUAGCGCCAAAAAGGAAGGCAAAACCAAAGAAGUUAUAUUCAGCAUGGAGGAGGGCUCCGUGAAAAUGUUCCUGAGGGGGCGCCCUGUGCCCAUGCUGAUUCCGGAAGAGCUGGCGCCCACCUACAGCCUGGACACGCGCUCCGAGCUGCCGUCCAGCCGUCUCAAACUGGACUGGGUCUACGGCUACCGCGGCCGAGACUGCCGGGCCAACCUUUACCUGCUGCCCACCGGGGAGAUAGUGUACUUCGUGGCCUCCGUGGCCGUGCUGUACAGCGUAGAGGAGCAGAGGCAGCGGCAUUACCUGGGCCACAACGAUGACAUCAAAUGCCUGGCUGUCCACCCUGAUAUGGUCACCAUUGCCACUGGACAGGUGGCAGGCACCACAAAGGAGGGGAAGCCGCUACCACCCCACGUGCGCGUUUGGGACUCAGUUUCCCUCUCCACCUUACAUGUGCUGGGCCUAGGAGUCUUUGACAGAGCUGUGUGCUGUGUGGGCUUUUCGAAAUCCAAUGGGGGCAACCUGCUCUGUGCAGUGGACGAAUCCAAUGAUCACAUGCUCUCCGUGUGGGACUGGGCCAAGGAGGCCAAAGUGGUGGAUGGCAAGUGCUCCAACGAGGCUGUGCUGGUGGCCACCUUCCACCCCACAGACCCCGCCCUGCUCAUCACCUGCGGGAAAUCCCACAUCUACUUCUGGAGUCUGGAGGGGGGCACCCUGAGCAAGCGGCAGGGCCUCUUUGAGAAACACGAGAAACCGAAGUAUGUGCUGUGUGUGACCUUUUUGGAGGGUGGCGAUGUGGUCACCGGGGACUCUGGGGGGAACCUUUAUGUCUGGGGCAAAGGUGGGAACCGCAUCACACAGGCAGUGCUGGGAGCCCACGACGGUGGUGUUUUUGGGCUCUGCGCCCUGCGGGACGGGACGCUGGUGUCCGGAGGGGGCCGUGAUCGUCGGGUGGUCCUCUGGGGUUCCGACUACAGCAAGCUGCAGGAGGUGGAGGUCCCAGAGGACUUUGGGCCAGUACGCACCGUGGCAGAGGGCUGGGAAGACACGCUGUACGUGGGGACCACCCGCAACUCCAUCCUUCAGGGCUCCGUCCACACGGGCUUCUCACUGCUCAUCCAGGGCCACGUGGAGGAGCUGUGGGGCCUGGCCACGCACCCCAGCCGGGCACAAUUCGUGACCUGCGGGCAGGAUAAGCUGGUGCAUCUGUGGAGUGCGGAGUCCCACCAGCCCCUGUGGAGUAGGGCCAUCGAGGACCCUGCCCGCUCUGCUGGCUUCCACCCCAGUGGCUCUGUCCUGGCCGUGGGCACGGUGACUGGCAGAUGGCUGCUCCUGGACACGGAGACCCAUGACCUGGUGGCUAUCCACACCGAUGGCAACGAACAGAUCUCAGUGGUCAGCUUCUCUCCAGACGGGGCGUACCUGACCGUGGGCUCCCACGACAACUUGGUGUACGUGUACACGGUGGACCAGGGCGGCCGCAAGGUCAGCCGCCUGGGCAAGUGCUCGGGCCAUUCCAGCUUUAUCACCCACCUGGAUUGGGCCCAGGACAGCAGCUGCUUUGUCACCAACUCCGGGGACUACGAGAUUCUGUACUGGGACCCGGCUACCUGUAAGCAGAUCACUAGUGCAGAUGCUGUGAGGAACGUGGAAUGGGCCACGGCCACUUGUGUCCUGGGAUUUGGAGUGUUUGGGAUCUGGUCCGAGGGGGCGGAUGGCACCGACAUCAACGCUGUGGCCCGAUCCCAUGAUGGGAAGUUGCUGGCUUCAGCUGAUGACUUUGGCAAAGUCCACCUGUUCAGUUACCCCUGCUGUCAGCCCCGAGCCCUCAGCCACAAAUACGGCGGACACAGCAGCCAUGUGACAAAUGUGGCCUUCUUGUGGGAUGACAGCGUGGCCCUGACCACGGGGGGCAAGGACACCAGUGUGCUGCAGUGGCGGGUGGUCUGACGUGGGGCCAGGGGAGAGUCAGGUGGCGGGGCUGGAAUUCUAUUUUCGGGAGAUGUCUAUUGCCGAGUAGAGUAAUAUAUACCCAGAGUAUGUCUAUAGCAGAGGGGGUUAUGGGGGCGGGAGGGUAGACUGACAGAAGUCUCUAUUUAUCGGGGUGGGAAGAGGGGUCACAUUGCUUUGGGGGAGCCAUUAAGGUGUUUGGAGUGUUUUUUUAAGUUUAUUCUUUUAUAUCAUCCAGAAAUAAAGACAUAUGCACUGAC